UCCUGGAUGGUGGCAUUGUGGGUAGGGCAAAGUGAUACCAGGACCUGACAGAAGACCCGUAUCCCAUCGGCGACAACUUGCGGAUUAUAGGCCACCAGAUUUGGGAGCGCCGGUUUAAGGCUUCGCGCUGGGUUCCCGCAAGAGAAAGAGCGUUCGCAUGCCGAACCUGCGCUGGACUAUGGAUGCAGACGACGCCAAAGCCAACGCAGCUCGCAAUGCGCCACCCGGCUUCAGGGGCACCACUACAGUCAAUGGUGGUGAAGGAGGUCAAAGAAUGCGGAAAAACAGUGGCAGUGGCCUGGGCAAAACAAGCGUGCUUCCCGGGGACGACGUGUCUUCAGCCAACACGGUGACUUCGGUGUGCGUAGGAUGCGGCCUCCCCAUCGUCGAUCGAUACAUCCUUCGUGUGAUGGAACUCUCGUGGCACGAGUCCUGCCUCCAGUGCUCCGUCUGCCACGCUCACCUACAAGAGUCCUGUUACUCCAGGGAUCGAAAGCUAUUCUGCAAGGCCGACUACGACAAGUUAUUUGGCGUCAAGUGUGCGGGCUGUUUGGGCGGCAUCGGACCAAGCGAGCUGGUGAUGCGGGCGUUGGAGCACGUCUUCCACGUCUCGUGUUUUGCCUGUGUCGUCUGCUGCAGGGCAUUGCAAAAGGGGGACCAGUUCGUGGUGCGCGCGGGAAGGCUCUACUGUAGGCCAGACUACGAGAAGGAGUUGGCACUCGUUUCUUUGGCACCGCACGGCAACGGAGCUCCAGGAGUACGAGGAGAAAGCAACGGUGGUCCGCUGGUGUCGCAGAACGGGCAGGGCACAGGAACGGGCCCUCAGCAGCCUCGUCCCGAUGGCCGGAGAGGCCCCAAGAGGCCCCGCACCAUUCUAACCACGGCACAGCGGAGGGCCUUCAAGGCUUCCUUCGAAAUCAGCCAAAAACCAUGCAGGAAGGUGCGCGAAACACUCGCGAAAGAGACGGGUCUCAGUGUCCGGAUUGUUCAAGUCUGGUUUCAAAACCAGAGAGCAAAGUUGAAAAAGAUUCAGCGCAAGCAACAGCAGCAGCAACAACAGCAACAAAACCAGCCUGGCCAAGGCGACAGCUCCGGCAGCGAAAUGGCCUCCUCCACGAAGGACUCCAAGAAAAGUGACGACGGUAGGCAGUCGGCCUCACCUACUGACCUUGGCUCACCCCCCUAUUCUCGUCUGGGACUCCUAGACUCUUCAGCUGUUGGGUCUCCGUACCAGCUUCAACCCGUAUCUUACGGGUCACAUCACGAUGGUUCAUACUAUGGCCCAACGCACGGCGAUCCGAGCUACCUCAAGUCAGAGAUCUCCAUGGAAAGUGAGACCUCCUUAAGCGGCCUGGAAGACGUGCUCAUUGGACAGCAGGGUCACCCUGCCGAAGGCCACCCACUAUUUGGCAGCGCGGCGCCCACCGUCAACCCCAUCGACAAGCUGUACUCGAUGCAGACAUCGUACUUCAGCAACAACGAGUGUGAAUGUUUGGGAGCCACCAACUGACAGUGCUCGGAUGCUCAGCGCGGGCUCGCACCGCAAAUCCGCCAUCGCGGCUCCAGGCGUAGCAAGACGCACAGAAAAGAAAGCGCAACGUCCACCAGGACGGCUCUCAUGGACGUGUGAACGGCUUUUAUUCUGAAUGGACAUGUGGUCAUCGCGUUCAUUGACUAUAUAACGGUUUCUUCUUCCGUGGCUGUGGCAUGAGUGAACGGUUCUCUACAAAUAUAGUGCUUCUACCUGCAAGGGAUGAUUUCGGUUGAGAGUUGAAAUACAUAUCUACGAUCAAAAGCAUUUACCAUUUUUCUUUUUUUUUUUUAAGUAGGGAGCGUCACGCACAAAAAGAUAAAGGGAAACGAGAUUGUUGUUGCGGCAGUUGACACUGCGUGUUCUUCGUACUAAGUUUACAUGACGAUACACGAGCAAUAGGAAAAUAUCAACACCGCGCAGCAGAGAAAGUCCACCUUGCAUCUAGCUAACGCUGAGGGAGUAUUAACG